CCCCAGAGAUCAGACCAAACUUUUUUAGAAACUUGAUAAACUUGUGGUUACAAUUGAUUGUCAUUUGGUCUCCCGGUUUUCAUUUCUUCAAUUAUUUCAUCAAUUUAUACCUAUUUUUAAACACGGAGAAGCUAAUUUCACUUAAAAAUGGAUGAAGAUCUAUUCAGAAUUGAGAAUAGACGGAAUAUGCGUAACAUGAAUAAUGAAAACGGCGACGAUGAAGAUGAUGAAGAUGAUGAAAUUUCAGAGUUUAAAGCUGAAGUGACAGAAGCUCUGGGAUGGAUUCUUGACGCAGAAGAAAAAUUGAUUGAUAUUGAUCUGAUGGAUAAAAGUUUACCAGAGGUUAAAGAAAUUUUCAGAGCCCAUGAGGAGUUCAUCAAUAAGCUUGGAGAUAUUCAAAUUGAAGUUGGUAAACUAUUGUCUUAUGGUCAAGAUAUUGUUGAUUCGGAAGAAUGUCCACCUGAUGAAAUACCUGAACUUGAACUACAAAUGAACCUGUUGAAUGAACGUCUGGAACAGUUGAGUCUUAAAGCCUUAGAGUUUCGUAAAAAUAUCCAUGAAACAUUAAUGAUAAUGCAACAAAAACAAAUCAAUCAUCUUAGAAAUUGGUUAUUUUCUGCCGAAGAUAGAUUGAGUAAAUUUACUGAUUUUGGAUCCGAUCUAGCCUCGUUAAAAAAACAAAUGGCAGACUACCAGAACUUCCAACAAGAUGUCAAUGUCCAAGAAGAAAUUGUCGACUCAUUGCGUAACCUUGUCUGGAUUUAUGAUGAUUUUGAAGGAUCAUCUAGUCCUACAGUGGACAACCCACCUGAUGAAUUACAGGACCAAUUAGCACCUUUAGCAGAAAAAUGGAAUAACGUUCGCACGUUUAUUAGUGAAAGAACUGAAAUUUUGGAAGAAAUUGUGAAUGAAUGGGAAAAAUUUGAAGAAGGAGAUAAAAAAUUCAACCAUUGGAGAGCUAAAUUAGAUCGACGAUUACGAGAGAUGGAAGAGGCAGCUGCUGAUAUGCAUAUCGGUUCUUCUUUUGUGGGUGAACUAGUUAAACGACUUGAACGAAUGGAGGCUGAAAUGGAUCGUCAACGGUCUUUAUAUGUGAAAUUAGGUGAAAAUGCUUCUCAACUAAUGGAUAAAGUUGGUCGUGAAUCAGCAGCUGGUUCUGUUAUUGCUAAAAAAAUGGAAACCCUAAAAGAGGUUUGGGAUGCAACGGUUCAAAGGAUGGGUACAUUAAGUCAUGUUGUUACAAAAAUCAAUGAGGCCUCACUUGAUGAGCUGUCCACCGAUGAUACUGGGGAGGAGUCCAUGACAGAAGGUAAUGAACAGGAACAGGUUGAGGGGAAAUCACAUCACCUCCAGCAACAGCAGCAGAAACAAAAAACAACGCCUACGACUUCAAAUAUGAGUAGUUCAAGUUCAAAGAAACGUCGGCUUGAUAGUUGGCUGAUUCAGGAGUGGCAAAAAGCUCUUGAUGUGUUUACAACCUGGUUAAGCAGUGUUGAAGAAGUAUUAUGCGUUGAAGAUGAAAAUGAAAGCUGUUCAACUUCAUGGGAUCAGAUGCCAUUAGAUGAGCAACAAAUAAUUUUAGAAGAUACAGAAAGCGAUUUAGAACUGAGGAAACAAGAAUUUGAUUCACUUGUUACUCAAGGAAAUGAAUUUGUUGAAGAUCUCGAUAAAUAUGGCGAAGACGGUUCACGGAUACAUGAAAUUGUCGAAGGAAUCAGUGAGAGAUGGUGUGAAGUUAAUCGUACUUUACGUUCACGAAAAUUACGACACAAAGCGCUAGUUAGACUUGAUCAGAUGGUCAGUGAAACAGAUGCCAUGUCUCGCGCUCUGGAAUCAGCAAAAAAGUUUGUUGAAACCACCGAUACAAGUGAUAAAUCACCCGAUGUCUUGAAAAAAAUUGAUAAAAAUUGUAAAUUACGGCUAAAUGCUUUAUCAACCAAAGAAGAUAAAGUGUCCAAACUCCGUAAAGAGCUGGAAGAUCUGAAACAGACAUUACCAACUGCUACCAAAGAACCUUCAUAUCAAACAAUUGUAAAUUUCUUUGACUUCCGAGAAGAUGUAUAUGGCCAAUUAUGUGAUCUGGAUAAAAAAGUUAGUGAAGGCUUGGACAACAUCAAAAUAUCCGACGAAUUACCAUCAGAAACUGUGCAAGAUUUACCAUCUAAUGAAAAUGGUGCUCCUAGUGAAGUUUAUGAUUCCGUUAAAUCAUUACAUCAGUGGUUAAGCAGAUUAAAGGAGACCAAAUUUUCUGCAAAAUCAGAAGUUUUCUUUGAUCUGAUGCAGAAUAAGAAUCAACUUGAACAAUAUUACCGUCUUCGUAAAGAACUUGACAAUGAAGGAAAAAAUUUGAAAGUUUUACAAGAAACGUGUAAGGAUAUUUUAAAGGAAGGAUUAAAAGAUGAUUGGGUGACAGAUAUGAAAGAUAAAUUACACUCUUCUCAAGAGAUUUGGGACUUUUGCCACAAUGAAUUAGAAAACAAAGUGAAAAAGUUAUCAAGAUUGGAAUCAAGCCUAACUUCUUUUCAAGAGGAAAUAUCAACAUUAGAAGAAGAAAUAAUGCAAUUAAAUUCAUUCCUCGAUGCAUUGUGUCCAGCUAUGGGUGAUGUUCAAACCAUUGAAAGUGACGUUGAACAAUGUAACAAGGUUUUAAAUGAUAUUGAAGGCACUUUGGAAAGCAAUUGUUCAGAAAUUGUUCUUAAAGGCCAAGAAAUGAUUGCUGAAUUUGGUGUUGAUACCGAUGCUGAUUCUGACAAAGAUAAUGACAACGAUAAAAAUGCUACUCAACGUUUUGAGGAAAGAUUGGAUAAAUUGAAAGAAAAAUGUUCCACGGUUAGAAUCAAGGCUUUCGACAAAAAACUCGAACUCGAAACUGCUUUGAUCCAGAGUAAAAAUGUUUGUAAGGCCUUUGAAAAACUUGAAAGAGAUUUCGAGUCGUUAAGCUUUGAAACCGAUGAAGUGAGACACUCUGUUGUUGAAGAUUAUCAAAAAAAUUUCAAAAGUGGUCGCUCAUUACAGGAUAAAAUACGAAAAUCACUCCAAGAUGCAAAUAAAUUGCAAAGACAACUAAACUCUUUGGCACCUAGUCCACAACCAACCACAGAAUCAUUGGAAGAAAUGAAAAAUAAGACCAAAACAAUAAAAGAAAGUUUACAGACUUUGGUGGAAAAUAUUGAAGAGUAUCUCACAACUCUAAAACAAAACCACAGCAAAUUUGGUGAAUUCACCAGGUUAAUCAUGAUGGAAAAAGAUUGGUUGGAUAAAUUGGAUAGGAAACUGAAAAGAUCACCUCAAACAGAUGCCGAUGCUGAAGAGAUUUCUGGAAAUAUGGAUGAUCUUGAAACAUAUUUAAGACAUCGACCUGCUAACAGAUCGGAACGUAUUCAUAAACUAGCCAACGAAUUAAUCACUGUAGGAUUUUUUUCGGAUAGUGUCGAAGCAGAAAUUGCAAAGGUUGAUCAACGUUGGAAGAAUCUGCAACAUCAAGCCCAACAACGACUUCAAGACUUAGAAGCAUCAAUUAAAGACGCUCAACAAUGUGAUUCUCAGAUUUUAAAAGUUCAAAGGUGGAUUCAAGAUGUCGAUUACUUACUCCAACAGCGUUUUGAUGAUGAUAUUUUAGCAGAAGAUAUGCCUGAUGAAGUUGAGAAAUUGGAUAAUGAAUUCAAAUCUAAUAAAGAAAUUUUGGAUAAAUUGACUGAAAGCAUUGAAAAUUAUCGCUCCCAAGAAAGAUUGGAAGCUGCAUCUAGACUUGGAGAGCAACUCGCUAUAUUGAAAACACAAUAUGAGGAGCUUGUUAUGAAAUUCAAAAGAUAUCAAAAUCCAACCGACUUUGAGACUCGUCUCAAUAAGUUGUCGAAAACUCUAAAUGAAUUGAUGGAUAGCCUAAUUGAUCUCAAGGUUACAUCUCAUGAGUUUGAGGAGCUAGAUGAUUGUUUGAAAGUGAUAAAAGAGAUUGAUAAUUUACGUGAAGAAAUAGAUAAAGUUAAGAAGCAAGCAAAACUUGCUCUCGAUUGUAGUGAUGAACCUGAUGAAUUGCGCCGUAAAGUUGAUGAAUUAGAAGAAAUAUAUGAUAAUCUUCAUAGAAUGGCAAUUGAAAGAAAAGAUGAAAUGGAAAAUGCAAUGGAAACCAGCAAAACUGUAAUGAAUCUUAUGGUCGAUCUAAAAACCUGGUUGAAUCAUCAAGAGGAUCCUUCGUCAGUUGAUCCUUUUGAAUUGUCUCGAAAGAAAGAAAAUUUAAAAGAUUUAAAUGAAAAAGUGCAAUCUUUAUACAGCAUUGUCAUAAAUGGCGAUAAUAAGCUGAAAGAAAACAUUGAAACGAUCCAAUCAGAUUUUGAAAUUUUGGAGGAAAAGAUGUCUCGUAAAACAAGAAGCGUCGAUAAGAUCAAGGAUGAUCAUGAAAAAUUUGAUGUACUACAAGUGAAAAAACAGUCAGAAACAAUGAAAUCUUCUGGAUCAAUCAGUAAACAUAUGCAAUUAGGACAUCAACGUUCAAUCGAUUUAUCUGAAGGAAUUGACUCUAAUCAAUCAUCUCCAAAGUCAACUACUAGUCGUAAAGGUUCUUUGUCCAGAACUGUUCCCACAAAUGCAAGUCUUCCAUCUGAUAGUAAAACAGUUAAAUUGCUCAAUUUUUUUACCCUUCUAGAAUUAGAGAAUAUGCAUCAAGAAUUAAGAAAUAUCCAAACCUAUCUGGAUACAAGUGAACUUUUAAACAAAGGUGAUUUCAUGGAGUAUCGUCAACAAUCUGGUGCCUUGAAAAAAAUUCAAAACACAAUGGACUCUCUUAAACCUAAAAUAAACAAAAUGGUAACUGAAAAAAUGAUGAUCAACUUAAUUCACCCUCAAGGACCUGAAUAUGUUGCUUUAAUUGAUUCCAUUUGGGCUCAUUGGCAGGUACUUCGUGAAUCUUUUAUGAAACGACAUAGACGUUGGUGGUUUGCAAAGGAAACACGAAUCCAAUAUAAGGACGCUUGUACUCAAAUAAAUACGUUUCUUGAAAUGGCUGAGAAAACUCUAUCUUCUAGUCGAUUACCAACUGGUGAACUCAAUAUAGAGGUUGCUAAAAAGGAAGACGAACCUUUGCGAAAAGCUUUCAAUGAACAUGUUCCUUUUUAUGGAACUUUCCAAGUAAUGAUUAAAAAAAUCAUGGCUGACGUACCUUAUGGAGUAACUCUCAAAGAAGAAAUAAGUAUAAUCGAUGAAAGAUGGAAAGCUAUUGCUCGAGAAUUGGCCUGGCGCAAGGAGCGUCUCCACAAUGAGAAUAAAAACAUGAAUAUUUUAUCUUAUUGGAACCAAUUGGAAGCUUGGAUUGAAAAGGUUAAUACAACUCUUGAAAAAUUGAACGGGAAAAUUGGAAGUUUUGAAAUGGCAAAUAUUCUUCAAAAUGAAGUCAAAUUUUUGGAACAAGAACUACAAACCCAGUGGCUAAACAUGAUGACCAUUCAAUUAGCUCCAACAGUCAUUAUUGAGAAAGAUGUGGAUAGCAUGGAAAAAAAUUUCUUCAAAUUGAUUGUUGAUUUACCUGAAGCUCGCAUUUCACUCGAUAAAUAUCUAACUAGCUUUAAAGUUGUCGCCCGAAUGUUAGAUGAGGAAAUUGAAUGGACUUCUCGUCAUGUUGAGGAAGAAAUAGACACUGAAAAGCCAAUUCCAGAUGCUAAUACCCAUGAAACAAAUUACGAAAAAUUGAUUGUUAUGUUACAAGAAAUCGAAAGUGAUGCCAACAAAUUUGGACACAAACCACCAAGUUUUCUCAAAGAAAAGAUGGAUUGCCUGAAAGCUAAACGCGAAAUGCUUCAGAAAAAAAUGAGAUUAAAUGCUGAACCAAGUUCCAGGGAAUGGUUCACUUGGCUCGAUUCACAAGUUGAUUACAUUUGUGAAGUUUUCCGAGAUUGUAAUGAUGAAAUUAUAUUGGAUAAGUUAAAAAAGAUCGUUGAUCGAAUCGAGAAACAAAUUGAUGAUUAUUUUGAUGAAUCCAAUGAAUUGGAUCAGGAAAACUUAUACGAUGAGGUGAAUCCUGAAAUGGAAAUCAUGAACAAAAACUUACCAAAUUGUCAAUGGAACACUCUCAAGGAAAAAACAAUUGCCCUGCAAAUCCGCCUUGAAGCAAAUUCUGGUGAUGAAUUGAAUCAACUUCUAUUAUCUUUACGAGAAUCAAUUGAAUGGGUGACCAAAAAGAGGACUGAAUUUAAUUCAUUCGGUGACAUCGAAAGUGAUCUUGUUUCGUUAUCAAAACAUCAAGAAGAUUUAACAGAUUUGAGACUCUCCCUCGAAAAAGAAAGCCCAAUUAUAAAGACAGCUCUUAUGUCAGGUCGAUCUUACCUUUCCAAAAAAGAUCCUCAAGCAUUGAAUGAGCACAGAGGUCCGCAUGAGGUCAAGAAGACUGCUCGAAAUAUCCAUUAUGAAGUCGAGAAGUUGAAUGAAAAAUGGUCAGAGCUGUUAAAGUUAACGGAUGGAAGGCAGCGUAGACUGGACGAUAUUAUGAGGAAAAUGAUUAGUCUUCAAAGUCAAAUGGAUGAGCUUUCAGUUAAACUCAAUAUCGCUGAAAUGACUAGCAGUAAAUGGAUUCCAAUUAAUGAAAUUGCUGUUGAUCAACUUCACGAUGCUUUGACUGAACUCCAGAUCUUUAAGGAUAACAUUUAUACUUUACAAAUGUUUGUUGAUCAAAUGAAUGGAUCAGCCACCAGAAUCAGUGGAUCUCAAAUUUUACUCUCCGAUCUUGUCCUAAAUCGCCUGGAAGAAUUGAAUGCGCGUUGGAAGUUAAUCCAAAUAUCUAUUGAAGAAAGACGUAAAAAUAUAGAGCAAACAGUUAUUGAUCACAAUUCAGCACAACAACGAUUCUUGAAUGCUGGAGUUGAACAACCUUGGGAACGAGCUGUGGCUUUCAAUAAAGUCCCAUAUUAUAUAAACCAUGCAACCGAGACAACACACUGGGAUCAUCCAAAAAUGACUGAAAUUAUCAACAAUUUAAAUGAAUUUUCUGAAGUUAAAUUCGCAGCUUAUCGAACAGCUAUGAAAUUACGAUCUAUUCAACGUCACCUAUGUCUAGAUUUGAUACAUCUAACCUCAUUGAUUAAAAUAUUUGACGAGUGUGGACUCAAUGGACUAAAUGAUAAACUAAUGAAUGUACCAGAAAUAAUUGCAUGUCUUCGAAGUAUUUUUGAAGCUGCAGCUAGUGGUGAUCAAGCUAUUGUUAUUAAUGUACCUUUAUCUAUCGACUUAUGCCUUAACUGGUUACUUAAUUUAUAUGAUACUACUAACAGAACUGGAUUCAUCAGAAUUUUAUCUCUAAAAGUUGGCCUAGUUACAUUAUGCAAAGGUGUUCUUGAGGAAAAGUAUAAAUUUAUGUUCAGGUUAAUAGCUGAUGAUCAAGGACUUGUUGAUGAACGCUCUUUAGGAAUAUUAUUACAUGACUUGAUCCAAAUUCCCCGACUGUUGGGUGAAGUCAACUUUUUUGGUGGGACCAAUGUUGAAGUCAGUGUUCGAAGUUGUUUUGAACUGGUUAACCGUAAAUCUGAUGUUGACUCCGAUAAUUUCCUUGAGUGGCUUAACCGAGAACCUCAAUCUAUAGUUUGGUUACCUGUACUUCAUAGAUUGGCUGCGGCUGAAAAGGCUAAACACCAAUCUAAAUGCAAUGUUUGUAAACAAUUUCCAAUUAUUGGAUUUCGCUACAAGUGUUUGCUUUGUUUCAACUUCGACAUUUGCCAAAUAUGCUUUUUCUCUGGACGAACAACCAAAAACCAUAAAAUAAUCCAUCCAAUGCAAGAAUACUGUUUGGCAACAAGUUCUGGACAAGAUAUUAAAGACUUUACUCGAAUUAUCCGAAACAAAUUUAAAUCAAAACGUUUGAAAAGACAUCCAAAAUAUGGUUAUCUGCCUGUCCAAACAACAGAAAAUGAUGACAACGAAACUCCGGUUACUCCUGCAUCUCACACUCUUCAACAUCCAGAUUCCCUUGAAAUGCACUCAAAGCUUGAAAUGUACGCUAGUCGAUUGGCUGAAGUUGAGCUCGAUAAUAGUCCAGAUCGAAAUUUUGACAGCUAUGACGAGCUGAUUGACGAAAAUCAGCCCAAUGCUCAAUUCUCUCAAGAUUUUGGUGGAAACUUACUCAGUCCUGGGCAGAUCAUUGCAACAGAUCAACGAAUUGAGCUGGAAUCUAUUAUCAAUGGUUUAGAACAAGAAAAUAGGCAAUUACAAGCUGAGUAUGAACGCUUGAAAGGAAAUAAGUCGAAACAAAUAAAUGGCAAAGGAUCAAGCAAUGUUCAUAGCGAUUCUCAUCUUUACUCUACUAUUGGAUCUCUUACCAGAGGAGGAGAUAUACUUACAGUUAAAGCAGAAAUGGAUCCAUAUGCUUCUUUAAUUUCAAGUCAAGAAGAUAACCUUGCAAACGAGGCUGAUCAGACAACAUCGAAGUUGGAAGCAAAGCGAAUUUUCCUCGAAGAACGUAACAAAUGUUUGGAGGCUACUUUGAAGAGAUUAAGGCAGUUGUUAAAUAAAUUUCCAGAACCUACAAGUCUUUCUAAUACCUUACGAUCAACUCACAGUGAUUACACUAAUCAGAAGAUAUCAACUGGUCGUUUACAGCAUUCAACCAACAAUAGCAUUUCAUCUUUACGAGUCAAUGGUUCUUCUGGCUCUCAUCAUUUUCUCGAUAAUUACCAAACUAACCUCGAUAACCCAGACCAGACCAGGUAGCUGAUGAAUUGAAAGGAAGAUAAAGAAUGUUGUUAAUAUCGUUGGUUAAUCUGUUAAAUUAUUUUAAAGAAGAUAUUCCAUUGCAAGUUAAUCGUCACUUCCAUAGUCACAACCAAUAAUAGUAAUCAAUAAUUUAGUAUAAAGUUGAAGUAUUUUAUUUCAACCCACAAGUAUCACCAUCAUUUUUGCUCGCCUUGAAUAUUGCAUUUUCAUUUACUUUAUUGGUUAAAGCUACUCUCAAUCCAGUUCCAACUAAGCAAAAAUUUAUCUUCCUGUUCGUACUUCCACCAAAGUUUCUACUAAAGCAAUAUAUUACAUUAUUUUACAUGUAACUAUGUAACUAGAUUUAUCAAAGUUAUCUAAUGGUAAUCUAAAUUAACAAUCUACUAAUUACUUUCUCCGUGAAGAUUGCUAAUUUUCAUACUAAACUGAACUGAAAAGUUAACUUGUAAAACAGUACAACUGAGAUUGGACAAAAUAUCUGCAUUUAGGUUAUGUUGACUAUUGGCUUCUUUUAGUAAUCUAUUCAUUUUACAUUUCAAAUUUACAUGUAUUUAUCUUAUUAAUAGUCUUAUCAAAAUGGACGCAAUCAUCUAGUUCAAUACCAUUUUGCGAUCAAAAGACAGCAUUUUGUUAAAAAAAAGGUUUAUUUACAAAUAUAUUGACUAAAACCCAAUUUGUAUUUACCUCAGCCCCUAAUACAUCAUUUUCACCGCAGCUUUAAAUUUUCUUAUCAUUUACCUUUGUAUCAUUACUAAUUAUUUUACUUUAAAUUGAAUAUUAAACGAAAGUUGCAUUUCUUCAUA